UUAUGAGGCGUAUACUCGCGACACGUCUGUCACAUAAUAAAUAUAAGAUUGACCACGGCAAAACUUUUAAUAGUAGUAACCUAUAAUAAUUCCGCGAAUUUUAUUACGGCUAUAAAUUGUCCCUGUUCUAUAGAUUUGUCCGCUUGUACUGACAACUGAGUUAGCCUCCAGAUUUACAAGUUUAACGAAGAAUUUAAACAAAGAAGAAAAUACAGGUGUAAUUGGAUACAUGGAAAAAAGAGACGAAGGGUGAAGACGACGGUUUUAUCCGUUUUUAUAUACAUAUCAGUAUUUGUAAAAAAAAAUGGCCCAACUUUCUGAUUGUAAUCCACUUUCGUAUCUAAUCGCAAGACAAAUUAAUGACAAAGUCGAUUACUGUAAACGCCUCGUUAACGCUAGGUUCAAAAAUUCUGAAAAUCUGUUCAGAAAGGAUCUACUGUCCCAUUAUGGAUGCGUUAAUGCUAUCGAAUUUUCGAAUCAGGGAGAUCUUCUUGUUUCCGGUGGUGAUGAUAGACGGGUUUUAUUAUGGAAAGUAGAGCAAACGAUACAAAAUGUGGGUAAACCUGUUGUAAUGAAAGCGCAGCACAUUAGUAACAUUUUUUGUCUUGGUUAUGACAGUAGUAAAACAAAAAUAUUUUCUGCUGGAAAUGAUGAUCAAGUUAUUGUUCAUGAUUUACGAACGGGUGAUGUUGUAAAUUUCUUUUUGCAUGAAAAACCAGUCUACGGACUGUCAGUUCAUCCACAUAAUGAUAAUGUAUUUGCAAGUGCUUGUGAUGAUGGAAGAGUUCUAAUUUUUGAUAUACGGGGAUCUAGUGCUAUGGAAACCUUUUGUUUAGCACAGUAUAAAACUGCUUUUCAUUCUGUAAUGUUUAAUCCCAUUGAACCUAGAAUGCUUGCUACUGCCAAUGCCAAAGAAGGUGUUAGCUUAUGGGAUAUACGAAAACCUUUGGAACCAGUACUACGUUAUGGAAAUGAAAGCUCAGCCCAGAGUUGUAUGAAUGUUACAUUUAAUGCAGCUGGGAAUAGAUUAUUAGCUUUGAGAAGAAGAUUGCCUCCCAUACUUUAUGCUGUUGAUUCUUCAACUCAUUUGUGUCAAUUUGAUCAUCCUGGAUAUUAUAACAGCUGUACAAUGAAAUCAUGUUGUUUUGCAGGAGAUAAUGAUGAAUAUGUUCUUUCUGGUUCUGAUGACUUUAAUUUAUAUAUGUGGAAAAUUCCCUCCGAAGAUGUAAAAUGGGUAAAUUCUGCACAUAUGGUACUACGUGGACAUAGAUCUAUCGUUAAUCAAGUACGAUACAAUCAAGCUAGUUGUAUUAUUGCUUCAUCUGGAGUUGAAAAGCUGAUCAAGAUUUGGAGUCCAUUUCCUCUUGGAAGUAACUGUUUGGGUGGAUUAAAGAGGGAAGAUGGUAAACAGGAGAGACAACGUAGAGUAUUUACGCAUAAUGAAUACAUUGGAUUAGUGUUGAGUAGUGGUCAGUUCAUGACACACGAUUAUAGCCACCAAUCAACUAGAGAAGAUUCAAGAAUGAUGGCAUUCUUUGAUUCUUUGGUACAACGUGAAGUGGAAGGCUGGAGUUCAGAAGACAUGUCAACAGUACCAAGAACACCCAGUGAUUCUGAAAGCAAUCUUUCAGCAGAACGUGUUUUUAUCGUUAGUGAUUCUGAUGAAUCUAUUUCGUCUGAUGGUGAAUUGGAUAGACAAUGGUUACGUAUUUUGGCAAUAACACCACCUGGAUCUUCUGGAGGAGUAGCUCCUGAAAGACCUUUGCAGCCUCCAAAUCGUAUAACACGACUUAUAGCAUACCGGCGAGAGAAACUUAUGAGACUUGCAGCUGCGGAUUGCGAAACACCAGCAAAUAAUGCUUCUGCUGCCAUAUCCGAACCGUCAGUGUCAGGUUCAGCUAGUGACGGGGACAAUGCACAAGUUAAGUGUAAAUCUAAAUUAAAAUCAAAAUUAAAAGGUGUAAAAAGAAAACACGGUAAAGUUUCUGAUAGAAGAAGUAGAGCUAGAAGAAAAUGUGCAGUGUUACAAAUUAAUAGUGAUUCAGAUAGUGAUGAACAACUAGUUGAUACGACUCAGCCUAGUACCAGUUCUGGUGUAGUUUCUAGACGAUCCCAAUAUGUUGUGAAUGCUAUUGAAAGUGAUGCAAAACAUUCAAAUUAUAGCAGUAGCAGUUCAGAAGAUAAUGAUAGUUCUGGUAAGCGAAAAUAUGCAAAAAUUGAUUCUGAUACUUCCACAAAGAUACACAGAAGAAAACACAAAAAAUGUAAAAAUAACGCAAAAAAUGAUACUACCAAAAAUAAAAGCAAACGCCAGAAAUUUGAUUAUGAUACAAAGAAAAAGAAACCAGACUGGAAAAGUUAUUUGAACGGCGUUAGUACGACGAAAGUUCAAGAAGAUGGCCCAUCGACACCUGUGAAUAAAUCGUGCAAAGUUCCUUCGACUCCUGACAGUGGUAUUACAUCAGGAGUUUCUACAACCGAGAAACAUGAACAAACACAGAAAGAUCAAAACGAUGCUGAAAGCUCAGAUCACGAGCAAAAAUUAAAAAAUUUAGAAUACUUUAGAAAAAAGGUGGAUGUAGCAAGAAGGAGCUAUUGUAAUCGAUCUAAGCCUUUAUCGCAAACCAUUUCAACUACAACUGAUUCUUCCGAUUAAACUCGUGUUACCUUCA